AUGCAGCUUGGUGAGCAGGGGCGUUGCGCCAUGCGCGGCUCCUGCGGCCCAAAGUCAUGGUUCGGGAAGCCUUUACCGUGUCCAUACGACGGUCCUGCCUCGGAGGUGCGUGAAGAUGUCGACCGCGACCUGCUCGUCUCACUUUGUGGUGCGGAGUAUGUUGACGGACCUACCUGCUGUACGACUGCUCAGCUAGAGACCAUGCGCGACAACUUGGGCUUGGCCGAGAACCUGAUAUCAUCCUGCCCCGCAUGUCGCAACAACUUCCGUCAGUUCUGGUGCUCCUUCACAUGCUCUCCCAACCAAGCGACUUUCCUGAACGUCACGUCCACCCAGGAAUCCUCCACCGGUCAGGAGGCUGUGGAGUCUGUUGACUUCUAUGUCUCUAAUCGAUUCGGGGAGGGCUUCUUUGACAGUUGCAAGAGCAUAAAAAUGGGAGCCACGAACGGCUAUGCCAUGGACCUCAUCGGUGGAGGUGCGAGGGAUUAUAAAGGCUUCCUCAAGUUCAUGGGCGAUGAGAAGGACAUGGGAAGCCCCUUUCAAAUUAACUACCCACGGACACUCCCAAGUGGAAUGUCUUUUUUCGAUACCGAUCCUCGAAAUUGCUCCGACAAUGACCUAGAGAGCAGGUGUACCUGUAUUGACUGUCCAGACAUCUGUCAGACACUUCCUCCCGCGUCACCGCCAAAUCCCGAGUCGACAUGCCAUGUAGGCCUAGUCUCCUGCUUGACAUUUGUGCUCAUAGUUGUAUUCUCGCUUGCGCUAGCUUCGUUCCUGCUCGGCUAUGCCUUGCAGCUAACGAUCCGGAAACGGCAUUCGUACGAACGGGUAGCACUUUCCACGGAUGCUGCGUCGGAGCAUAUAAUCUCACCUCGUGCCCACGCGCGCGGCCUUAUAGGGGCGUCGUCCCUCUCGAAUGGCGAUGGUGAAGAAUCAACGGGAGCUCAGUCCGAGUCACGUAACCUCGGCCGGGGUGCAUCCCUAUUGGACCCCAUUGAUACUGUUCAGCCCCGUCAAUAUCGCCUCAACAACAUCUUGCGGCGUGCCUUCUACCACCUCGGCCUAUUUGCCGCUUCAUACCCAUGGCUGACGUUCGCCACCGUAUUUGUCUUAGUCGCAUUGUUGAACGUGGGAUGGAAGAAUUUCCAGGUGGAGACAGACCCUGUGCGACUUUGGGUUGCUCCAGACUCCGAGAGCAAACUUCAGAAGGAAUUCUUUGACGAACAUUUCGGCCCAUUCUACAGACCGGAGCAAAUAUUUGUCACAUCCUCUCCAUCUUUCGCCAGCGACAUAUCAGACGGCCUCACCCAGACUAUACCUGAGAAGCAUCCAGUUUUGUCAUGGGAGCACUUGCAAUAUUGGUUCGACGUGGAAGCAGACAUCCGUGCGCUACGAUCCUCGCCCAAUGGCUAUACGUUGGAAGACGUAUGUUUCAAGCCUGCUGGGCCAGAUGGGUAUUGCGUCGUGCAGUCCGUCGCAGCAUGGUUUGGCAACUCUCUUGAUCCAUACGACAAUGAUACUUGGGCGGCGCAUCUCCUCGACUGUGCAAGUUCACCAGUCCAAUGCCUGCCGGACUUUCAACAACCUCUCGCGCCGCAAUACGUCCUUGGUGCAGUGCCAGAGAAAGACGGCGUCAAGGAUUACUUGGGCGCUGAGGCCCUCGUCGUCACCCUCGUCGUAUCCGACUCGCUGGAUCCGCAUGUGCAAGAGCGGGCUAUGGAAUGGGAGCGCACACUCAAGGACUACCUAUAUCAUCUCCGCGAGCGUGCACCGGCAGAGGCGGGUCUCGAAAUUGCAUUUUCGACCGGCGUGUCUCUGGAAGAAGAGAUCAACAAGAGCACGAAUACGGACGUUAGGAUUGUCGUCCUAUCCUACAUCGCCAUGUUCUUCUACGUGUCACUGACCCUAGGCAGUGGGUCGUCGAUAAGUCGCGAGGAGGGCGUUCUAGCUUCGCUCACACAGUGGGUAGCCAAUCUGCCGAAGUUGUUCAAACGGCAGGGAGUGGCAUCGUCGUCGUUGUCCAUCGACUCGCGCGAUGUUCCCAGCCUGAUCCCCCGUCUUCCUCGGAGCCUAUUUGUUGGCUCAAAGUUCACAUUAGGCCUAUUUGGAAUCGCUCUUGUCAUCCUCUCAGUAUCCUCCUCCGUUGGGUUCUUCUCCUGGGUGGGCGUCAAGGUCACGCUCAUCAUCGCCGAAGUCAUUCCCUUCCUCGUUUUAGCUGUUGGCGUCGACAACGUUUUCAUCCUGGUGCACGAACUGGAUCGUCAAAAUCUCUUGCACGGACCCAACGCCGCUGCCACAAGUCAAGGCCUCGGAUAUGGUUUCGCCGCCCCAAUGUCACCAACACACUCGCGUGCACGCCCACAAUUCGAUUCGUUACCAUCUAAUGACGAUUCUGAAGAUGCAGUGUCAACUCAAGUCUACCUUUCCCCAGAAGAGCGUGUCGCAAGGACACUGGCGGGGAUGGGUCCGUCAAUACUGCUCAGUUCUAUUACUGAGACGCUCGCCUUCGCAUUGGGUGCGCUGGUCCCAAUGCCUGCCGUUCGUAACUUCGCCCUAUAUGCUGCAGGAAGUGUACUAUUGAAUGCGGUCCUGCAAGUCACUGUCUUUGUGAGCGCGCUCGUUAUUGAUUUGAGGCGAGUCGAGGCAAGUCGCGUCGAUUGCUUCCCAUGUGUCAGAUUGUCAUCGCGCAUAGCUUUAGUGGAUGAGGCUCCCGCCGGUGGCGGUCUUGGGCUCAUAGCACGCUUCAUCCGCCGACAUUACGCUCCUUUCCUGCUGAAACCGGUCGUAAAGGGCGCUGUAUUGCUAACGUUCGUUGGCAUGUUGUUUGCUUCAAUUAUCUCCAUGCAGCAUCUUGAGCUUGGCUUCGAUCAGAGACUAGCGCUUCCAUCGGAGUCCUACCUCGUAAAUUAUUUCGACAACCUGGACUCAUAUUUAGACAUCGGCCCUCCAGUCUACUUUGUCGUCCAUGAUGUCGACAUCACGGAACGUCAUGGGCAGCAGGGCCUCUGUGGUCGCUUCACAACGUGCGCGGACAACUCUGUUGCUAACAUCCUCGAAGCUGAGCGCAAACGACCCGAAUCGUCCUUUAUAGCCGAGCCUGCGUCUUCGUGGAUUGACGACUUCUUCAACUGGCUUGACCCCGCUCACGAGAAAUGUUGCCGGGUGCGGAAGCGCGACCACACGGUCUUCUGCAGAGACACCGAUUCCCCGCGCCUCUGUCAGAUGUGCUAUGAAGACCGCGAACAAGCAUGGAACAUCACAAUGACCGGGUUUCCUGAGGAUGAGGAGUUCAUGCAGUACCUGCGCCAGUGGCUCGUCCAGCCCACAACAGAAGACUGUUCCCUCGCUGGCAAAGCAUCCUUCGGCACCGCGCUCUCACUAUCUCCUGAUCACAAUGAGGUGCUCGCGUCACAUUUCCGCACGUUCCAUACGCCGCUUAAGUCGCAGGCGGACUUUAUCAACUCCUUCGCCGCCGCGCACCGCAUCGCGGAUGGGCUGUCGCAGGAAACGGGCAUGUCUGUCUUCCCGUACUCAUUGCACUACGUCUUUUUCGACCAAUAUGCGCACAUUGUCGCGAUCACGGAGCAGAUUCUCGGGCUUGGGCUUGGCGCGGUGCUGCUGGUCACGGCGGUACUACUUGGUUCGUGGCGCACAGGCACAAUCGUCACCGGUGUCGUCGCGUUGACAGUGCUCAGUGUCAUGGGCAUGAUGGGUGUGUGGGGCAUCAUGCUGAACGCGAUCAGUCUGGUCAAUCUGGUCAUCUCUCUUGGAAUUGCGGUCGAGUUCUGCGCCCAUAUCGCCCGCGCAUUCAUGAGCGCCGGCUCAGGCCUUCCGGUCGACCACCCUGCUGGCCAGAAAGAGCGGGACGAACGUAUGUGGACGGCCCUGGUGGACGUUGGGCCCUCGGUCUUGUCAGGAAUCACAUUCACGAAACUCAUUGGCAUGUGCGUGCUCGCUCUGACACGCUCAAGAUUCUUAGAGAUCUAUUAUUUUCGUAUGUGGAUGACUCUCAUUGUCUCUGGUGCUCUGCACGGUCUCGUUCUACUACCUGUCGUUCUGAGUCUGGCGGGAGGCCCCGGAUUCCCUCAGCAAGAAGCUGAUGAAGAGUGGAUGUCACAUGCGAUUCGUAACGACUAUGAAUACACACCAUUCCUCGCAGAUGACGACUCUGUUCUCAGUGACUAGACUAUCGAUACCCGUUUUUUGGGCCAGUAAUAGAUAAUAUGUAUACUACGCACAUGCUAGGUACGGCACUGGAAACCGGACAUUACAUGUUAUUUUUCGUG